UGAACCCGCCGUAAAACCUUGAGCAAUUUUCUUUCCCGCGCGAGCGCUCUUUCUCUCUCUCGGUCCAGUCGUUUCUCUGUCUAUCGAGGGUUUUCAGAAAAUCAACAUCUUCCAUGCCUGCUUCUUCACUGAAUUCCGCCACUAAAGUCUUAAUCUCUUGUGAGUGUGUGCGUUGUUCCUUUUCCUUCCAAUGACAAAAGCUCAACUCAAAGAACAGGCAGAUGCUAGUCUUGAGAUAAUAUCCAUCGGAUCCCUGUACACUGGAUCAUGGGACAAGAAAUACUGGAGCAGCUCUAGGGGUAAAGAUCGAUAUCCCUAUCCAGUUGGGUAUCAGGCUGUUCGGGCUUACAAUGGGAUCAAAUACAAAAUGGAAGUUCAUGAGGGUCCAAAGGGGCCUUUAUUUAUGAUUUUAUCCAUGGAUGGAAGUUCAUUUUCUGGUCAAACCCCUGAUAUUGCUUGGGAGAUGUUUCAGAGGAAAGGCUGCCUCCACACUAAAAUUUGGCACGGGAAAAGGUCUUCAUGCAAAGUUGAUGGCGUGGAGUUUUUUGGGUUCAAAAAUCCAUUUAUUCAGAGGUUACUUAGGGAGCUAGUGGCAAAUGUCAGUGGAACAGCAGAACUAGGCCCACUUCCUUCAAACUUAUGCAAUAAGGGUUCUGAUUCUGCACAGACUGCAAUUGAGCAUCAUUCUGUUGAUGAAUGUGAAAAUGCUGAAUUAGUUUCUUGCCAUGAAAAACCAAAGACAGCAAGAAAGAGGAGUCGUCAUGGAACUGAAACGGAAAAAUCACUUAAUGGUGCAAAUCUAAAAAAAGUACGAAAUCAUGGUUUGAGAAUUAGAUCCAUGACCGCAAAACUUUCAAGCUCAGCCAAUGAAGUGAAUCGAGGUUUUUGUGAGAAAGCUGUGUGCGUACAAGAGAAGGAUGCGGUCUCAGAGUUCACUCAAGUAGCUCACAAUGUGUCCAUCGAUGAAAAACUUUAUGAUAGGUUGUCAAUGGACAUAUUGGAAGGUAUUAGUCGAGAAAUGGAAACAGAUGGUAACAGUGCAGAUGCUUCUAUUCAAAAGUAUUGUCCAGAUACUGAAGACAGUAAUCAUCAUGCUUCAGAUACUUCAGUUAUUGUUGAGUCUGCUCCUGUUAGCAUAGAAAAGAAAAUUCUCGAUCAGCCUGACAUCAUACCUGAAGAGUCGGUGACGGACUCCCAUCCAGAAGAGAUUUGCUCAUUGAACACAAACUUAGGCUCCAAAAAAAAUGAUUUUGAUUCAGUAGGUCAAGAUAUGGUGAAGUCAAUGAUGAAUUUCUUGCUUCCACAAGCAAUUCCUCUGCUUAAGGAGAAUUCUGGCAGGAAAGGGACGCCCCCUUGUAAUAUGGGAAGGUUUCUUUGUGAUGAAAAUACAAAAGAUGUAUUGCCUAUAGAGAAAGGAGAUGGAGAAAAGCAGGAAUACAUGCACAUAGAACAUGGGAAUUAUGAAUCUUCCAUCCCAAGUCUUGAGUUUCCCAAACACAGUCCUGACAAUCUAGAGGGUGAGCAACAUUAUGACCAUGUAAACAUUAAUGGGAACUUCUCUUCUACUGUAGACAAUGGCCAAGGUAAGGAAGAUAUGAAACCUAUUGAUUCUUGUGGUCGGAUGAAUGAUGAGUUGGUAAAUCAUCAUGAAGCCACUGGAAGCAAGAAGUCCCGUGACAGUGAAAUUGGUGGAAAUUUCCAUGGAACAUGUCAGAAGGAUUAUAUAUAUGCUUCAAAAUGUCUUCCCAGCUGCACCUCUUCUGGUAGAGUGCUUUCUGAUGAAACCAUGCAUAAUAAUAAAAGGAUGGUUGGAUGCACGUCAUAUCUAGAAAUAAAUUCCGGGAAUGUGGACCAGGAAACUCCCAAAGAUUAUGUAGAAAGCAAUGUUGAUGAGCAACCUUGUUCGAGUGGAUCCUUUUCUCAACUCUUGCAUGCUCAAAAUGCAAAUGAUUCAAAUAUAAGGACCUCCACAUAUUCAGAGGCAUUAAACAAGGAAGUCAUGGUAGGAAAAGAGGCUGUGGGAAUGGACACAUUGUCAUCUUCUCAAGUUCCAAGCAUUGUGUACAGUAGAAGAAAAGCUCAAAGUGUGUCUCAUUUGGCUAAAGAGUACAAACGCCCAUCCAGUGAAGCUUAUGAUACUAGAUGUUUUGGAAAACAUUAUGGUGUGGAAAUGUCUUCCCCUAAAUCUCCACAUUCUUCUAAUAUCAAUCUUUUCACUCUACCCGGAAACCAACAAACAGAAGAUUUACUUUCUGAGUGUCCACUUCGAGAACAAUCCCCCAUUGAUUGCAGUUUAACUACUAUGAAAGCUGAAGCAGGAUUAGAAAAAAUAUGCCAUCACAGUCCUACAUUAGACCUAGAUGAAGCAUCACUGAGAGCCAACAAGAAUGAUAGCUCAGGACUUCUGGACAAACUUGUUUUGAAGGAAGAUUUGGAAGGUUGUUCUGACGAGGGGAUGAUUGAACAUAAUAAUGUUUCAAGUACAAAUAAAUACAAGUUAUGUCAAGAGAUGGGAGCAACCUUCAGAGACAAUUGUAAGGAUUCUUAUCCUUAUUGCAAUGUGGAGCUCUAUCGUGAGGCAGAAGGAAUGUCGAAAAUAGUGGGAUCUUAUUUGCACCCUAUGCCUGUAUUAUCAAUUUUCCUUAGCAACAUUGAGAAUGUAAUCCACAUUUGUGUUUUGUGUGGUCUUUUGGAGGAAAAGAACAGAACACUUAUUACUUACACGGUGGAAGGAAAGGAACCAAAGUUAGGAUGUCCAUCCUUGGUUGGCCACACGACAGUAAUGAUGCCAACUUUAAAAGAUUAUUUGGGUAAAGAAAUUGCAGUAGAGCGAACUGGUUUACAGUUAACUCCAGAUGGGAACUAUCUUGUUUUGAUGGGUGGCAUUAGAACACCUUUUUGCAGGUCAGGGAAUAUGAAUUGUCCAUGCUCUACAUGUACAUCUGGCAAGUUCGAAGAGAAUGUGGUGAAGAUUGUGCAACUUAAAUAUGGCUAUGUAUCAAGCAUCGCAAGCUUGAGAAGUACCGAUAGUAUAAAUUGUAUACUGGUCUGUGAACCUGAUCAGCUUGUUGCUGUUGGAAGUGGUGGACGUCUGCAUCUUUGGGUCAUGGACCCAACUUGGGGCAAACAGAUGGGAAGUCAUAUCAUACCGUCGGAGGACCAGAUAUCUCCUAACUUGGUGGAACUUAAAGGGAUCCCAGAGUUUUCCAAUUUGGUUGUUGGGCACAACGGUUGUGGUGAAUUCAGUUUAUGGGAUAUCCCAAAACGUGCUCUGAUGUCUAGAUUCAAUAUGCCGAGUGCCUCAGUUAAUCAAUUCUUUCCAAUUAGUUUGUUUAGCUGGAAAAGAAAGGAAAAUUUUACCAGUAACUGUAAUUCAAGCGACUAUGUUAAAGAGCUGUUGUGUGCAACGAGUACAAGCUCAAAGAACACUGAGGCAUCACUUCAGCUAAGGGACACUGCCAUAUGGCUUUUUGCCUCAACCAUAUCAGAUUCUCUUGUUUCACAUGAAUAUUUACCAAUGGAUAGUCAGAUAAAUCAUGCAGAGUUUUGGAAACUAAUGCUACUUGCUAACAGUAUGGUUACAUUUGGUGCGGAGCUGGAUUUAAGAGCAUCAGCCAUUGGGGCAUCAGCUGGUCGAGGUAUCAUUGGGAGGCAGGACGGCCUAGUUUACGUGUGGGAAUUGUCUACAGGAAAUAAACUGGGCACUCUUCUUCGUUUUGAAGGUGCAAAUGUUGUUUGUAUUGCAACUGAUAAUAAAGAGACAGGUGUGGUGGCUGUAGCAGCUGAAAAUAGGCUUCUGGUAUAUCUACUUUCUUCAGAUUGGAAAAGGUAAACCAUAAAUGGCCUACCAACGAAGAAAAUUACUUGUAAAUUGCACAAUAUCAUCAGCAAAAUGUUUUAGUUUUGAGUUGGUGCCUGCCAUGACGUUGAUAUAUGACAAAUGUAGGAUUUAUCGUGACAUGGCUGCAUCUGAGCCGAUGAUAAAUGUAAAUAAUCAUUCAUUUACGAAAUAAAGAAAUCAAAAUCAGUGUAACUUUCAUUUCGACAA